AGUUCCCAUUCACUCCUGUCCCUGGCAAGAGUGAAGAUGAUGAAGAGAAAGAUGUUCGGCAGCUGUCGGUGGUUAAAGAUUGGGUUCCUCCUGAGCAGCAGGAGUGUAGCUCAAAUGUGGACCAGGACGAGCCAGAACCCCCCCCACACAUUAAAGGGGAACAGUGGAGCAGUCAUGAGGGAGAGCAGCUUCAAGGGCUGGAGAAGGCUGAUAUCACAAAGUUCCCAUUCACUCCUCUCCCUUUGAAGAGUGAAGAUGAUGAAGAGAAAGCUCAGUCCUCACAGCUUCAUCAAAUACAAACUCAGCACAUGGAAACAGAAGCUGAUGGAGAGGACUGUGGAGGACCAGAACUAGCCAGGAACUCUCAUCCACUUCCACUUUUACAACCAGAGACUGAAGACCAGACUGGAGACUCUUCUGAACCUGAGACUGAUGACAGUGCUGAUUGGAAGGAGACCAGAGAACCUCAGUCAGCUUUAAACUCUCAGAAACAUGAUUCAAGAUGUAAGAAAACAUUCAGCUGCUCUGAGUGUAGGAGAAGAUUUGGGACCAAGCAAUAUCUGAAGACACACAUGAGAACUCAUACAGGAGAGAAACCUUUCAGGUGCUCGGAGUGUGGGAGGAAAUUUGACCGCAAAGACAGUCUGAAUAGACACAUGCUAACUCACACAGGAGAAAAACCUUUCAGCUGCUCCAUCUGUAAGAAAUGUUUUACACACAGUGCAAAUUUAGUCUCACACAUGACAGUCCACACAGGUGAAAAAAGAUUUAGCUGCAGUGUUUGUGACAAGACAUUUAAGUGGCUUAAUCAGGUCAAAAGACAUAAAUGUGUUGGUCGUCAGUCGUCACAGCUUCAUCAGAGUCAAAUGGAGGAGAACAGAGAGGCAGAGCCUCCAGCCUGCAGAGAAACUCAACACAUGGAAACAGAAGCUGAUGGAGAGGACUGUGGAGGACCAGAACCAGCCAGAAACUCAAAUCCACUUUUACAACCAGAGACUGAAGACCAUGACAUCAGAGAGCAGCAGGAGUGGAGCUCCAGUGUGGACCAGGAGCAGCCAGAGAAUCUCAGCCAGGUUGGAACUCUCUGA